GGAGGGUGGUGGCGGCAGUGGCAGCUUUGGCGCUGGGGACCGGCUUGGUGGCUUCGGGAAAAACAGCUCUUUGCAGGCGGCCACCAGCGUUACUCCGCAUCCCGCCCUCCGCUCGGCUCGCAGCCUUCUCGCCACCGGCGUCCAGAGAUGUGUUCCACUGGCCGGGCGUAGCAGCUGCGCGUGCGCGGAACCGUGGGGCCAUGAGCGAAGCCGGCGGCGGCCCAGGUUGUGGGUCCCCGGUCCCCCAGCGAGCGCCAUGGAGCCUGGUAGCGGCGACAGCCGCGCUCUGCCUGGUGUCAGCCACGUCCGUGUGGACGGCGGGGGCCGCGCCCAUGAGUAAGGAGGAGAAACAGAAGCUUGGGAAUCAAGUGCUGGAAAUGUUUGAUCAUGCUUAUGGUAACUACAUGGAACAUGCUUACCCAGCUGAUGAACUCAUGCCCUUAACCUGCAGAGGUCGAGUCCGAGGCCAGGAGCCAAGUCGGGGUGAUGUUGAUGAUGCCUUGGGAAAAUUUUCUCUGACACUAAUUGACUCUUUGGACACUCUUGUGGUAUUAAAUAAAACUAAAGAAUUUGAAGAUGCAGUGAGAAAAGUUCUAAAAGAUGUUAAUUUAGAUAAUGAUGUAGUUGUAUCAGUGUUUGAAACAAACAUCAGAGUUCUUGGGGGUCUGUUGGGUGGACACUCUCUGGCAAUCAUGCUGAAAGAAAAAGGCGAGUACAUGCAAUGGUACAAUGAUGAGCUUCUUCAAAUGGCCAAGCAGUUGGGUUACAAGCUUUUACCAGCUUUCAAUACUACCAGUGGCCUUCCUUAUCCGAGAAUUAAUUUGAAGUUUGGGAUCCGAAAACCAGAAGCUCGGACAGGAACUGAGACAGAUACCUGUACAGCAUGUGCAGGUACCUUGAUCCUUGAGUUUGCUGCUUUAAGUCGAUUCACAGGAGCAACGAUAUUUGAGGAAUAUGCAAGGAAAGCUCUGGAUUUUCUCUGGGAAAAAAGGCAGCGAAGUAGUAACUUAGUGGGUGUGACUAUUAAUAUUCAUACUGGAGAUUGGGUGCGCAAAGAUAGUGGAGUUGGAGCAGGGAUUGAUUCAUAUUAUGAAUAUCUAUUAAAAGCCUACGUCUUGCUUGGAGAUGAUAGUUUUCUGGAAAGAUUUAAUACACAUUACGAUGCCAUAAUGAGAUACAUUAGCCAGCCACCUCUUCUACUUGAUGUGCAUAUCCACAAACCAAUGCUGAAUGCUCGGACUUGGAUGGAUGCUUUGCUUGCCUUUUUUCCAGGUUUACAGGUUUUAAAGGGGGAUAUUAGACCUGCUAUUGAAACUCACGAAAUGUUGUACCAGGUGAUUAAAAAACACAAUUUUUUACCAGAGGCAUUUACAACAGAUUUCCGAGUACAUUGGGCUCAACAUCCUUUAAGGCCUGAAUUUGCAGAAAGUACCUACUUCUUAUAUAAAGCUACAGGGGAUCCUUACUACCUUGAAGUAGGAAAAACACUUAUUGAAAAUUUAAAUAAAUAUGCUAGAGUGCCUUGUGGAUUUGCUGCUAUGAAAGAUGUUCGUACUGGAAGUCAUGAGGACAGAAUGGAUUCUUUCUUCUUGGCUGAAAUGUUUAAAUAUCUCUACCUGUUAUUUGCGGAUAAAGAAGACAUUAUUUUUGACAUAGAAGAUUACAUAUUUACAACAGAAGCUCAUCUAUUACCUCUUUGGCUCUCUACUACAAAUCAGAGCAUCUCUAAGAAGAACACAACUUCUGAAUAUACAGAACUGGACGACAGUAAUUUUGAUUGGACUUGUCCAAAUACUCAGAUUCUCUUUCCCAAUGAUCCACUGUAUGCUCAGAGCAUCCGUGAACCCUUGAAAAAUGUGGUGGAUAAGAGCUGUCCUAGAGGCAUCAUCAGAGUAGAGGAGAGUUUCAGGAGUGGAGCUAAACCCCCUCUGAGAGCCAGAGAUUUUAUGGCCACCAACCCUGAGCAUUUAGAAAUCUUGAAGAAGAUGGGGGUGAGUUUAAUUCACCUCAAAGACGGGAGAGUCCAGUUGGUCCAACACGCUAUUCAAGCUGCAAGUUCCAUUGACGCUGAAGAUGGGUUGAGGUUCAUGCAGGAGAUGAUUGAAUUGUCAAGUCAGCAGCAGAAAGAGCAGCAGCUACCUCCACGAGCUGUGCAGAUUGUUUCCCACCCAUUUUUUGGCAGGGUCGUAUUGACUGCUGGGCCAGCUCAAUUUGGGCUAGAUCUGUCCAAACAUAAAGAGACAAGAGGAUUUGUUGCAAGCAGUAAACCAUACAAUGGUUGUUCAGAACUUACUAACCCCGAGGCAGUGGUGGGAAAAAUUGCUUUGAUACAAAGAGGACAGUGCAUGUUUGCAGAAAAGGCACGCAACAUCCAGAAUGCCGGAGCCAUUGGUGGCAUUGUUAUUGAUGACAAUGAAGGGAGCAGCAGUGAUACUGCCCCUCUGUUCCAGAUGGCAGGGGAUGGAAAGGACACAGACGACAUUAAGAUUCCCAUGCUCUUCUUAUUCAGCAAAGAAGGAAGUAUCAUACUGGAUGCCAUCCGGGAAUAUGAGGAGGUAGAAGUGCUCCUAUCUGAUAAAGCAAAAGAUCGAGAUCCUGAAAUGGAAAAUGAAGAACAAGCAUCCUCUGAAAAUGAUUCUCAGAAUCAAAGUGCUGAGCAGAUGACAUCAAGUUCUCAGGAUGUUGACUUGGUUGAUCAAGAGUCUCCUGAGGAAAAUUCUGUAAACUCUCACGCAGAGUCAGCAGAAUCAUUCUCUCCAGCAGAGAUGGACAAUGCCGCAAGCAUUUCUCCUUCUGAACAGAAUUCUCAUCUUAUAGAAACCCAUGAAACUACAAAGCUUGAUGGUGAAUGUACAGAUUUAGACAACCAAAUUCAAGAACAAUCAGAAACUGAGGAAGAUUCCAGUCCUAAUGUUAGCUGGGGUAAAAAGGUCCAGCCUAUAGACUCCAUAUUAGCAGACUGGAAUGAAGAUAUAGAAGCUUUUGAAAUGAUGGAGAAGGAUGAACUAUGA